AUGGCUAAUCAAAUCAAUAACGAAGAAGACUUAAGAGAAAAUAUCAUUUACUCGUCGGAUGAUGAAGAAGAAGAAGAAAUAGACAAUCGCCGUUUUCCAAUUGAUGAGGAUAAUGAAGACGACAAAUGGUCAUCGCCCAGUAAUAAUGAAUUAUCUCAUCAUCAUUUAGAACCACAAUGUCUGAAAAAUGUGGACUGGAAUGAUCUCAAUGAUUUCAUUUGUAGUAUGAAUGAAGAACAUGUGGAUGAAGAUGAACAUAAACAUAUUCGUAUAGAAAAAGGAAGACUUCUUUUAUUACGAUCUAAAUUAAUGGAGGAUAAUAUGAUCUUACGAGCUACUUAUAAAGGCACUGGAUUUCAUUUAUGUCCAGUGGAUAUUUUCCAACAAAAAUCAUCGGAUUUCAUGCUACGAACAGGUGCCUAUUCAUUGAUUCAAGAACUCAAUGUCGAAAAUCAAAAUAUGAGUCAAGAAUGUUUAGCUAAUAUUGUUAAUCGAGUAGAAACUACACUAAACGAUUUACUUCAUUCAAAAUCUAUCACUAACAUACAAUAUGCAAAUAUGAAUACUAAUCGAUUAUUAGUACGAUUGAAUUAUUUAUAUUUCGUUCCAGAAACACACAAGGUUUGUCUUUUUAUACUCAUUCAUACUCUUGAAUUAUAUCAACAAAGUAAACAUUUACAACCAACUACUUUAUUUGCAUCAUUCAAUAUUGAUGAAUUAUGUACAAUGUUCUCUCAUCAACAAGCUAUUGAAGCAUUGAAAUUUGUUCUGGAUUAUCAUGCAUUCGAUCAUUUCAUCGACGGUAUCACUAUUGAUACAAUUAUUCAACUUGUUCGUCUCGUUCUGAAAAAUCAAUCUUUUAUUUAUAAUGACAACUUAUAUCAACAAAUUCAUGAUGGUGCUUCUGGUUCUCCAUUGACUAUUCCAUUGGUUUAUAUCUAUCCAAUUUAUUGGCGACGAGAUUUAAUAAAUAUUUUUGUAAAUAAGCACGAAGCGUUUGGAAGAUUUAAAGAUGAACUUCUUUCAAUACUUGACUUAGCUAAUACACAGUUUUAUCAAAAUAUUUGGGGCACUACUUGCAUCGGAACAAAAAACAAAUUUCAUGGAUGUUACAAUCGAUCAUAA